AUGCCUAAGGAGAAGACCACCAAGCGUGCCGCCACCAAGCGCGGAGAGAAGAAGAAGAAGGACCCCAAUGCCCCCAAGCGUGGUCUUUCCGCAUACAUGUUCUUCGCCAACGAGCAGAGAGACAAUGUUCGCGAGGAGAACCCUGGAAUCACCUUCGGCCAGGUCGGAAAGGUCCUUGGUGAGCGAUGGAAGGCCCUGAACGACAAGCAGCGAGGCCCAUAUGAGGCCAAGGCCGCGGUCGACAAGAAGCGCUACGAGGAUGAGAAGGCAAUUUACCUUGUGCUUCCACAGGCCGCUGAUGCCGAAGAGGACGAGUCCACCUAG